AUGCCUUUGAUUAAAUCUAGAAACAAAAAAUCAUUUGAUGUAAGGGAUGAAUUCCAGAUGGCAGUUGAAGAUAUUUCAUCUAUAAGAGAGUUAUUAUUAAGAGUAUUUAACUUAGUAAAGUGGAUAAUAAAUGUUGUUUUAUGUAAAGUGAUCAAGUUGAGGAUAUUCGGUCAUUCUUUGGACAAAAUCAGAG